CAGACGGACGCGUCCUUUCGUUCCUCCCGAUUGCAGUUGUUUCAAAAAAGCGCGAAAACUGAAAAUUCCAAAAAAAGCGUCGCCUUCUCCUCCCUUGCCAAGCAAAGAGGUAAAACAAUUUUUUUCGAGUGUGCAGUGUGUAAAGCGAGAGUCGGGGAAAAUACAAAAAAAAAAUUGCAAAACGAGAAAACAGAAGACGGAAAUGAAGCCAGCUAGUUGUGGGCAUAUCGGAGAAAGUAGCGGAAAUUAAAAUUUGCAUAUAUGCAGAGGGCGGCGGUGGGCGGCCAGCGGCAAGCGGCAAGCGGUGAACGGUGAGCGAUGAAGAUGAAAAUUAAGAUGAAAGCGAGCCCGCAACUGACCGAAGCCAGACUCAAGUGCCAGAUCUAACUGCAGACUCGUGCGCAAUCCAACCCACCAGCGAACCAGCGAGAACUCAACAGAAGCAAAUACAAACAGAAGGCACCACUGCCUCCCAGGAGCCAUAGUCCAGAUCCAAUAGUCCAGAGCUGAAGCUGAAGCUGAAGCAGAAGCGAAAGCAGAAAGUAGUGAGAUGCCGUCGCCAGGACACACAUCAUUCUGCUGCUCCACGGCAGGAUUUAUCGCUUGCUCAGCAAUCGUUCUGCUCUGCAGUUCCGAGGUCCUGUCCAGUUGGGAAGAGUGGUGGACAUACGAUGGCAUAUCCGGACCGAGCUUCUGGGGCCUCAUCAAUCCGCAGUGGAAUAUGUGCAACAAGGGUCGCCGCCAAUCGCCCAUCGACGUGGUGCCCGACAAGCUGCUCUUCGAUCCCUACCUGCGACCCCUGCACAUCGACAAGCACAAGGUGUCCGGCACUCUGCACAACACGGGCCAGUCCCUGGUCUUCCGGGUGGACAAGGACACCAAGCAGCACGUGAACAUAUCCGGCGGACCUCUGGCCUACCGCUACCAGUUCGAGGAGAUCUACAUCCACUACGGCACGGAGAACGUCCGCGGAUCCGAGCACUUCAUCCAGGGCUACAGUUUCCCCGGCGAGAUUCAAAUCUACGGAUUUAACAAGGAGCUGUACCACAACAUGUCCGAGGCACAGCACAAAUCGCAGGGAAUCGUGGGCCUCUCGCUGAUGGUGCAAAUCGGCGAAACGCCCAAUCCGGAGCUGCGGAUCAUCACGAGCACCUUCAACAAGGUGUUGUAUCGAGGCUUCUCCACGCCCAUCCGGCACAUAUCCGUGAGGUCGCUGCUGCCGAACACGGAUCACUACAUCACCUACGAGGGCUCCACAACGCAUCCGGGCUGCUGGGAGAGCACCGUCUGGAUCAUAGUUAAUAAGCCCAUCUAUAUCACCAAACAGGAGUUGUACCAACUCCGACGACUGAUGCAAGGCUCCGAGAGUACACCAAAAGCUCCACUAGGUAAUAAUGCGCGACCCGUGCAAAGUUUACACCAUAGAACCGUAAGAACGAACAUAGAUUUUAAGCGCAACAAGAAUCAAUAUGCGUGCCCCUCGAUGUACAAGGAUAUGUACUAUCGGGCGAAUCGAUGGUCACCCGACACGGGACUUUUGAUACGUUGACAACUGGGCAGGAAGCGCUGCGAAAAGCAAUUACUAUUAUUGCUAUUAUUAUUAUUAUUAUUAUGUGUGGUAAAUAAUGUUACAGCAAUUACAACUAUAAUGACAACAACUGGUUACAAAAACAUGAACAACUGAGGCUGGCAACGAAGCAUUUUGAAUUUUUUAUGUCGCAUUCAAUUUUUAUAUUCAUGUUUACAACACGAACUCAGGAUUCGUUUGGCUUGCAAUUGCAACAUUCCUACGGCAGCAGCAGCGCAGCAAUUUGUAAUAUUUAUUUCAUUAUCAUUAAUAAUACAACAAGAGGACAAAUUUAGGUAACAAAUGCAUGCAAAAAGCGGAAAAAGAAUGCCUAUGGAGCGAGAACAACAAUAGAGUAAACUCCAUGCCAAACGCAAAUGCUAAAUUGAACAAACAAAAACUGUCACACAGACACUAGCAAAAAAUAUCAAAUAGUAGCUUAAAAUUUGCGUAAAAACGUUAUUGCAUAUUUUUUGUGGAGAAGCAUAAGAACUUAAUUCAAUGAAAUUUCAUUAUUUUUUAUCUCUGUUGUAUGCAAAUUACAAAAAGCACGAGUCCAUAGCAUUUUUCUGUAUGUCAGGCUUUAAUUUUGUAAAUUAAAGCGUGUUCUCGCUCUUGCUUUUUAAUCACCUAGUUUUCAAAAGAUAUUCUUGUCGUCAAGGAAAUCUGGUCGAUUAAAAUGCUUAGAUUUAAAUAUUUCCAAUUCAAUGCAUCCAAUAAAUUUAUAAUUAUUUGUGAUUCGCCUUCAAAACGAUUCAGCAAAAAAAGAAAAACAAUGUUAUAAGCAACAACAAAGUGAAAUAGGGAGUUUCCGUUAACUGGAUGGGUGGACAAUAACUAACAAACAAAACAAAACGAAACGAAACGAAACGAAACGAGAGAUAAAUGAAGAGAUGGAGCAGAAAUAUAUAAACAAAUGGCAACAGAAAUUAACAAAAACUAAAUAUUCAUAUAAAUAUACACAAAAGUAAAGGUAUCUAUAUAAAAAGCAUAUAUAUACACACAUAUAUAGACCACUCUGGCAGGUGGCGACUACAGAUUUCUCUGGAGUUUUGAUAUUUGGAAAUACUUUGAAGGAUAUUUAAAUUAUUUUGCCAAAAAAUGUUGGGCUUUUAAAUGUUUCCAAUUAGAAAUCGAACUAUCAGAAAACUCUCAGCAAAAAAACAAAACCUCUGAAGACUUUUGUGGCACCCCCUGUAUAUAUCUACACACUAUAUACAUAUGUGGAUGGGAAAGUGCAGUAACUAAAAUAGUGCAGACAGCAUGUCUAUGUUUAACUCCCACACCCCAAGAUACACCCGAAAAGACACACACAAACACACCCAAGACAUCCAUAAGCGUCUAUAUAAUUGGCUUCAGAUAUGAUGAUCUGGCAGAACAUCCCAUCCUCAGUUAGCGGCCAUCUAUAUAUCUAUAAACCUAGUCACCAGUGAUGGAGUAUACACCAGCUAAAGGAAUGGGCUACAAAACGUAAUCCAACUCUAGAAGGCAAGCAUUAGAAUUAACUAACUAACUAAUAAAUUGAUUAACUAGCCGUGUUGCUAACAAAAACCCAAGUAAAUCAAAUUCGAAUUAAAAUGAGUAAGCCCUAAAACAAAACAAAAAUUAUAUAUAUAUAUAUAUACAUACAUUAAACAACAUUUUUUUUUUUGAACGAAAACAGUGUUGUAAAGUGCUGUAAAGACAAGUAUUAUGGCUAAUGUAGAACCUAAGUUACUGAAUAGCAUUUAGCAGUUAGCAACACCUGAGUUUGUAUGAUAUACACGAAUAUAUAGUCUACCUAUACCUAAACAUAUAUCAGAUCCGUUCAAUUCCCACAUUCGCAGCUGUCGAGCGACACUUUGUGCAAUUAUUUCUUUGGGCCAAAAAGCAACCAACCAACUAAGGAACAUACUAACUAGCCGACCAGUUAGGCCCCCCGAUUAUGUGUAGAGCAUUAACUAUUUGUAUAAUAAAGCUAAGGGGAUCGACACGAAUUCCUCAACUCGGUAACACUUUGCUAUGACUGUAAGUUACUAUUGUGUUGCCAUACGAAAACAAAAACAAAAAAUUGAAAGGAGCAGAAACUCUAUAUAUAUAUAUAUAUAUAAAUUAUACAAAUUCUAUAUAUAUAUGUAACUAUAAUUGCAAGAAUUACUAAGCAUAAAACAGGUUAGCAGCAAUGAAAAGAGAGGGUAUUGUUCCCCGAGAAAAAUGAAAAUUGGAGAAUGCAAAACUAAUAAAUUGAAAGCGAAAGUAUUAUAUGAA